UCGUUAAUAUUGAAUUCGUAUAUAUCAAUCGUACUGUUCAUGGUUUAAUUUGAAGGAUCACUCCGUCCUGCAGAAUUUUUUGUUACAUUUGAUCUUGUUGACAAACAUAAUCACAAGUAUGAACUAUGAAGAAUGAUUCGGAUUCUGAAUUUUCACCUGACAAGUAGCAUAACGUAAAGCUGCUACCGAACCAUUAUGAAACAAUGUUCUGUACUAAGAAAUUGUUGUUUUGAUUUUUCAUGGAAUGUUAUUUAAUGAUCAUCAAAAGUCAUGUCUCUUUCCUCUAAAUGGAGAAGGAUGUUUAUAGGGACAAAUACUUUCCAAAUUAUUCUUUUCAUCAUUUUAUUUUAUUCUUUGACUUCUAUUAUCAUUAUUUACAUUCAUCUUGUAUGCUUCUUUUCGGAUGAUAAAUUGUGGAAAGUCCCAGAGGAAAAUGCAUCAACUGGCGAUCACUUUAUCUCAUGGAAUAUGCAUUCAAUUCUCAAUGUUCUCUCUAGUCAAAUUAUCUCCAGUGAUGAAAUCUCCAUUGUAGGUUGGUGGAUGGAUCAUGCCAAGUGGGAAACAGACAUCAAAUGCUUUAAUCAGAAGUGGACCCUUUGUUCAAAAGGAUUCAGCAGUACUUGUAAAAGUGAUGGAAUUCGAGCAAUUUAUCAGUAUGUGAUAUUUUCGAAAGUGUACCGAGUCCGGGGAUUUGAGUUGUCCCUUACAGCGACUGCAGAUCAACUUGAAUCUCAGACUAUUGGUGCUUCAUUUGGAGCUUUAGCUCUUGUAAAACUGAGUGAUGGUCGUACACAAAAUGUUCAACUGCAAUUUCCCUCCAAUAUUGAACCUCUUACAACAAAGAAUAUCAGAUUUUCUGCAGGAGAAUCUCUGAUUACUAGCAUCACUAUAAUGUUGAUGUGCUAUGGUUAUACUGGAAGUGUCCAUUUUACUGACCCUAUUUUGCUGCCUUAUGCUUCUUCUCUUCAAGAAGAGCUUAAAAUCACAAGAAAGUGUUUAUCAAAUGUUGGAAGACCACCCCAAGUGCAGCAGACCUUGUUGAAGCAAGAGACCCUUCUGACACCCAAUACCAAAAGUGCAAAAGAAGCUUCUGAGCUAAUAACACUUGUGACACAAGUUUCUAUGGACAGAUUAUCAAUUCUUGAACGUAGUCUUUAUAUUUGGAAUGGCCCAGUUUCAUUAGUGAUAUUUGUCCCUGCAAAACAUUCUGAAAAAUCUGAAUAUGAUUGGCAAAGGUUGUACAUACAAAAAAAGUUGAAAAAUUUGAAAAUGUCUGCUUUAAGUCACGUUAAAGUAGUUUUUGGAGGUUCAUAUGAUGGUGAAUACCCAAUAAAUACCUUAAGAAAUAUCGCUAUCAAACAAGUGCAGACAAAAUAUCUUUUCCUUAUGGAUGCAGAUUUCCAGCCAUCUCCUGAAUUUCAGCAAAAAUUUUCAGUUUCAAUUAAAAACAAAAAUCUGAGCUCGAAAAUUGCAUUUGUUGUACCAGCAUUUGAAUACAUUGAAUUACCAAAGAAAAGUGACAGUGCUCCUCAUACAAAAGAAGAACUCCUUCAGCUUCUCCAUAGAGAAGAGCCUUUCAUUUUACCAUUCAGACGAACAGAGUCCAGUGAAUCUCAUAGAGUUACAGAUUACUGGAAAUGGUACAGAGCAGAUAAAUUAUAUCCCCUUCAAACAUUUUGUGACAAAUAUGAACCAUAUAUAAUUCUACAGAAAACAAAUUCAAUGCCUUUGUAUGAUGAGAGAUUUUCUGGUUAUGGAAUGAAUAAAGUAACUCACAUUACAGAACUCUUUGCUUCCAAUUAUACAUUUAUGGUUCUCCCAGAUGUAUGGAUCUUGCACUUACCACAUAAGAUUUCUACCUAUGCAGUUGAAUUUCUACAGAAUGCACAUCAGAGACUCAAAAAUAGAAUGGAGCGUUUCGAGUUUAUAGCUGAAGCCAUGAUUAAAUACAAGAUUGGAAACUGCAAACUGUCACAAACAGAAUAGCAAAUGUAAAACUUCUUUUUAUAUACUCAUGUUUUAUAGCAUUUGUCUUCAACUUUGUAA